CCCUGGGGGCGGGGCAAGGGGCCCAGGGCUUCUGCGGGCGGAACUGUAGUCAAAGCCUGGAGUCGUGGGGCGGGAACCGAAAUUCCUCAGGCUGACCCCUUUCACUGGGCCUCACUUUCACUCAGGGUGUGGAGUUCCUGCGUUCCGUUCCCCUUCCACUCUUUCAGACGCGAACUCCCUCCGGCACAUCCUCCCUCUCUGGCUCUGAUGUUCCUCCUAAGACAACACAAACAGACCCUCUCUCUGCGUCUCGGUUUUCACUCAUCGUCUUUCUGGCUUACAUCUCCUGAGUCCUUAUCAGGGUUUGUAGAUUGUGACUUUUGACAUGAAAGAAAUAAAGCAGGGAGUUUAGCCCGGACCCUUCAGUCCUAGUCUGAUCAAGCACUGAUCGCCCACCCAGCGUCCUCAAGGCUUGGCCCCUGACCAGCAGUUGGACGGGAAAGUCCAAACCCUCCGGAUCUCAAAGAGCGUUGAGAUUAGAUCAGGGUUUCCAAAUCCACCUGCCAAGGAGAAGAUACGGAUUUGAUCCCUGAUCUGGGAAGAUUCCACGUGCAUCGGAGCAGCCAACCCUGUGCGCCGCGACUAUUGAGCCUGUGCUCCAGAGCCAGGAGCCAUAACUACCGAAGCCGUGCGCCCUAGAGCCCAUGCUCCCCAACAAGAGAAGCCACUGUUGUGAGAAGCCCAUGCACCAUAACUAGAGAGCAGCCUCCACUCGCCACAACUAGAGAAAAGCCUGGGCACAGCCAAAAAUAAAUAAAUACUAAUAAUAGUUAUAUAGAGAACAUAUUUAUAAUAUAGCACUUUGAUAAGACUUUUUGAGUAUUAAGCACUGUUCUGAGUGCUGAGUAUAGCUUGUUUAAUUUUCUUCUUCACAGUAAAAUGUUGACCUGAGGAUUACAUUUUACAGAUGAACAAAUAGGAAUGGAAAGGUUAAAAACUGUGCCCAGGGCUACACAGAAAGUGGAAAAGCUUGGGUUCCUAGCCCAAGCAACCUGGCUCAGAAUUUCUGCCCUUAACUCCUGUGCUUCGGCAAACAUCGCCUGAGCACUGCAUAGUAUGUACCAAGCCUGGGGCAGACCUAGAGAGGGAAGGAUAAAAAAGGACCUUAUAGUCUGUGGGUGAGAUGCGGGUGAGACCCACUGAAUCCAAAGUGUACUUGGACCAAAUGUGGUAAGUGAUGUGACGUGAAAUCAAGGACUGUGGAAACUUCCCAAAGAGCAAGUUAUCCAUGAAGUAGACAACCACAGAAGAGGAAAGAAAGGUGGAAACACUGGAGCCAGGGGCUCCCGUCCCAGACCUGGCCAGCAACUCCAGUAACCAGAGCUGUGUGAGAAGAAAAGGCCAAGCCACUGGGGUAGCCGCACCCCAAAGAGAGAUGAAGAGUCACGGGGUGCUGAGGCAGAGACAGAACUGUGUGGCAGGGAGUGGAUCUUCACCCAUCACUGUGCCUCCAACUGACUCAGACGGACCAUGUCCCAGCACCUGCUUCUCCCGCUUGUGAUCCUUGCCAUCAGCCCCAUCCCGGGAGCCUUCCAGGACUCAGCUCUCAGUCCUACUCAAGAAGAACCUGAAGAUCUGGACUGCGGUCGCCCCGAGCCCUCUGCCCGAAUCGUGGGGGGCUUAGACUCUCAGCCGGGCACCUGGCCGUGGCAGGUGAGCCUGCAUCAUGGCGGGGGCCACAUCUGCGGGGGCUCCCUCAUCGCCCCUUCCUGGGUCCUCUCGGCUGCUCACUGUUUCGUGAUGAACGGGACCUUGGAGCCCGCGGCCGAGUGGUCGGUGGUGCUGGGCGUGCACUCGCAGGACGGGCCCCUGGACGGCGCGCACGUCCGCGCGGUGGCCGCCAUCCUGGUGCCGGACAACUACAGCAGCGUGGAACGGGGCGCCGACGUGGCCCUGCUGCGCCUGGCCGCGCCCGCCAGGCUGGGCCCCUCCGUGCGGCCCGUCUGCCUGCCCCGCGCCUCGCACCGCUUUGCUCACGGCACCGCCUGCUGGGCCACCGGCUGGGGGGACGUCCAGGAGGAGGACCCCCUGCCUCUCCCCUGGGUGCUACAAGAAGUGGAGCUCAGGUUGCUGGGAGAGGCUGCCUGUCAGUGUCUCUACAGCCGGCCUGGCCCCUUCAAUCUCACUUUCCAGCUAUUGCCCGGGAUGCUAUGUGCCGGCUACCCGGAAGGCCGCAGGGACACCUGCCAGGGAGACUCUGGGGGACCCCUGGUCUGUGAGGAAGGUGGCCGAUGGUUCCAGGCAGGAAUCACCAGCUUUGGCUUUGGCUGUGGACGGAGGAACCGCCCCGGAGUCUUCACUGCUGUGGCUCCCUAUGAGGCAUGGAUAAGGGAACAGGUGUCAGGCUCAGAGCCUGGGCCUGCCUUCCCCACCCAGCCCCCGGAGGCCCAGUCAGGCCUCCCGGAGCCCAUGAAUGAGAACUGCACCAUCGCCCUGCCAGAGUGUGGGAAAGCCCGGAGGCCAGGGGCCUGGCCCUGGGAAGCCCAGGUGAUGGUCCCAGGAUCCAGACCCUGCUAUGGGGCACUGGUGUCUGAAAGCUGGGUCUUGGCACCUGCCAGUUGCUUUCCAGGUCACAUCAGCUCAGACCGCCCGCCCAGCGACCUGGACUACUGGCGCGUACAAUUGCCCUCGCGCCCGCGCGCGGAGCAGGUGGCGCGCCUCGUGCUGCACGAGAACGCCUCGUGGGACGAUGCCUCGAACCUGGCGCUGCUGCAGCUGCGCGCGCCCGUGAACCUGAGCGCGGCCCCGCGGCCAGUGUGUCUACCCCACCCAGAACACUAUUUCCUGCCAGGGAGCCGCUGCCGCCUGGCUCGCUGGGGCCGCGGGGAACCCGCGCCCGGAGCCAGCUCGCUGCUUGAGGCGGAGCUGUUGGGUGCCUGGUGGUGUCACUGCCUGUAUGGCCGCCAGGGGGCGUCAGUGCCGCCGCCGGGAGAGCCGCCGCAGGCUCUCUGCCCCGCCUACCAGGAGGAGGAGGCGGAGGGGAGCUGCUGGAACUACUCUCAUUGGAGCCUGCUGUGCCGGGAAGAGGGGACCUGGUUCCUGGCUGGAAUCAAAGACUUCCCCAGUGACUGCCUGCGUCCCAGAGUUUUCUACCCGCUGCAGACCCACGGUCCAUGGAUCAGCCAUGUGACUCGGGGGGCCUACCUGGAGGACCAGCUGGCCUGGGACUGGGGCCCUGAGGGAGAAGAGACUGAGGCACAAACUUGUCCCCCUCACACAGAGAAUGGUGCCUGUGGCCUGCGGCCAGAGCCAGCUCUGAUGGGGGUCCUAUGGCCCUGGCUGGCAGAGGUGCAUGUCGCUGGAGAGCGCGUCUGUGCUGGCAUCCUUGUGGCCCCAGGCUGGGUUCUGGCAGCCACUCACUGUGUCCUCAGGCCAGGCUCUACAACGGUGCCUUAUAUUGAAGUGUACCUGGGCCGGGCGGGGGCCAGCCCUCUCCCCCAGAGCCACCAGGUGACCUCAGCACCUCCACUCCUGUGCCAGACUGAGGGAGGCUCCUGGGUCCUCGUGGGCAUGGCUGUUCGAGGCAGCCGGGAGCUGUUUGCUGCCACUGGCCCUGAAGAGGCCUGGAUCUCCCAGACAGUGGGGGAGGCACCUUUCCUGCCCCCCAGCAGCUUCCCCCACUGGCUCACUGAAGGCAGCGACCUCUGUCCCCCUGACAUGGCCAGGGCCUCAGGUUCCCCGCGGGCUGCUCUUUUCCUGCUGCUUCUGACCCCCCUGAUCCAGGGCUGAGGGCUGACCCCUCCCGGCCCGGGGCCCUGGGCUACCUCCCCUUCACCUCCCCACCCCCUUCCACCCUCCACUAACCGCCCAGUGAGGCUGGAAUGUAGCCCAACUGGCUCCCGUUCCCUUACCCAGAACCUCUGGAGCGCUCCACCCACCUAGACUGCAGCGGCUUCGGAUAAUUGGGCCUCAGUGCCCAGCUAUUUCGGGCUCUGGCAUUCUUGAGGGCAGCGGGAGCCAGCGGACAAUAAACAUGUAAACACA